AUGUCGAAGAAAAUAGUUAUAAGAGCUGACCUCAUCUGCACGAAGAGCACGAGCGAGAUCUUCGCAACUGUCGCCAAGAUCAAGGGGAUCAAGUCCAUCGCCACCGACCCGGAGAAGAACACGGUGACGGUGGUCGGCGCCGUAGACCCGGUACGCAUCGUGCAGCAGCUCAGGAAGGCGUGCUUCGCCGCCACCAUCGUCAGCGUCGAGGACGACAAGCCCCAGGAGAAGAAGACCCCCUGCCAGGAGGCCUGCGAGAAGGCCUGCAAGGAGCGGUGCGAGAAGCUCUGCAAGACCUGCGAGAAGGCUUGCAAGGAGAAGUGCGAGAAGGAUUGCAAGGACAAGUGCGACGACUGCGGGAAGACAUGCCAAGAGGCGUGCUGCAAGAUGUACCGCUGCACGCCGGGCUGCUACUCCAGCCCCUGCGGCCUGCCCACCUGCCACUACUACAGCCACGGCUACGGCUACAGCUACGGCUACGGCGAGCCCGUGGUACCGCUGGGAUACGGCUGCUACUACGGGAGGCCAUUCUGA